UUUGGUGACGUCAUCCGGUGUAAUUUAGAGGAAGGAGACCGUUACUAGAAAAUGUCUCCAGACAAGAAACUUCCAGAAUGGGUUUUAUAGCCUCUCUGCCUCACUAAAAUGCCACGAAUAGCAUAGUAACUGUGUUUAAAUCCCGCAGUGGCCUCAUUCCGCCCGUUUACUGUUUUUUUUACCCUCCGACACAAAGCUGUUUUUUUCCGGCGGUUACAUAAAACGUCUUAAUGUGGACCAGAGGUGAUCCUGACGAUGGACACGAGUCUUCUAAAACAGGUUCAAAUAGCGGAGGAUCUCCUGGAUGGGUUGGCAGCCAUGAAUCAACUUGGCACAGCAAACAGCCCAGCAUCUUUAGGCGCAGACACAGCAGUGUGUCAGACAGUGGCGAUACCGGUAUUGGUACCUACUGCUCUGAUGGCGUGGAAGAUGACUCCAGCUCAAGCACCGCACCCUCAUCUCUGCGCCCACUGUCUAUCUCUGGCCAAGAGGAUGCGUUUGGCAACAGCAUCCCCGUCGUUCAUGUCAAGCCAUCUCCCUCCACCACAUCCUAUGUCAAUCUGAAAAGGACAGCAUCAUCCAGCAGCUCAGGUCACUUGAGUAGGUCUUGCCAGGUCCUCCCUCCAGCCAGUUCUCCCCUUAGUGCACCUGGUAGUGUGGACAUGAAGGACCAACAGCCCAUUAGAAGGUGGUCUUCUCUUACUAAGUUGUCAUGUGGGGCUGAAAAGAGCUCCAGUCGGACAUCAGUUCACCAACGCAACACCGAUUUACAUGGCUCCUUAGACAGAGGUCUGCUGUCUGGCUACAAAAAGGAACCCCGUAGUUUAAAUGGGGACCUUUAUUUACCUUUAACUUCGUCCUUACUGUGUCACAGCUUGUUACAGCGCUCGCCUGGUGCUGGUCCCUGUAACUGGAACAAACAUGGGAGUAAAUCUACUGGGUUUGAAACAGACCUGUCUCAGUCGUCAACCCUAUCUUCACCUGUUAAACGGAGCAGUUUGGGAGGUGGUCAAAUAAAUUGCCUUGAUUUACCAAAGCGACUAGAGUCACCUCUUGGUCACCAGGUUGACAGAGACUCUCCGAUUCAGCCGGCCGUCCGCACACAGAUGUGGCUGGCUGAGCAAAUGGAGUACAGCUCUAAAAGUGAGCACGGAGGAGAACUUAGCCAGCUCGCUGGCACUGGGACAAAGGUCUGUGGUGGAGAAGGCCUGUCACCUUGGCAAGGACAAACACUUGAACCAGGGUUGCAGGACCAGAUGCUGCAGGGGACAUCCCAUAUUAUCAACACUCUGGUGAAGGUUAAAGAGGGAAUGCUGAGACAAAGAGAGUUGGAAAUAGAUAGGCAGAAUCAGCAGAUACUGCAGCUACAUGCUCGCAUUAGAGAAAAUGAGCUGAGAGCCCAGCAGGUCCUGCACAGUCAGAGGUGGUUUGAAGACCCUCAGAUUUUGAAGAUGAAGGAAUCUGUAAAGGAAAUGCCAACUGAGCGACUGGACUGUCAUGAAGAUCUUAGCAGAAAAAUGGCAGUGGCUGAACUGGAAGUGCUCCAUCUUAACGAGCUUUACAAGCAAGCCACUCAAAAAUAUACAGAAGACCUCAGGAAACUGGAAGAAAAGAUAAAAACAAGGGAUCGCUAUAUCAGCAGUUUGAAAAAGAAAUGUCAGAGGGAGAGUGAACAGAACCAGGAAAAGCAGCAACGCAUAGAAACUCUGGAGAAAUAUCUUGCAGACCUGCCAACGCUGGACGAGGUCCAGGUCCAGUCCCUGCAGCUGGAACAGGUGCAUAAGAAAGCUGAAGAUCUGGAGAAGAACAUGUCUCGCUUACAGCAGGAUCUUGACGAUUGCAGUGGUUUGUUGAAAGACAAAGAUGUCAAGAUUAAGACACAAGACAGGAGAGAGACGGAGCUGAUUGCGUCUGUGCACAGUCUGCAGCAGAAAGUGCAGCAGUGUUUGGAGGACGGGGUGAGGUUGCCUAUGAUGGAUCUGAAGCAGCUUGAGGAAGAAAACACAGAACUUCUGGGGAAGCAAGACCAUAGCAGCAAGCUCAUCGAGCACCAGAAAGGACAGAUUCUUCGACUGAACUCUCACAUAAAGGCCGUCAGUGCAAGACUACACAAGGGAAGAAUACCUUCUCUCUUGUGUUCUUCUGAGAACCAAGAAAGUCCGUCCAUUGAAUCUUUGGCCUUGUCACAGCAGCCACAGGUGGAUAAUGAGCUGUCCCAUGUGGAGAUGUCUCAAGUGGGACGGCUUUUGAAGGAAAUGUCCCAGUGUCUGCUGGACCUUCAGGCCCUCUGCAACAUCUUGGCUCAAAGAGCUCAAGGGAAGGAGCUCAACUUGUCCCUGCUGCUGCGGAUGACAUCGUUCAACAUUCCUGCAGAGGACAGCAAGAGCGUGGACGUGCAGGAGGAGGAAGCAAAGUUGAAAGUGACCGAGGUCGGCCAGCUGAGGAAAGGCGUUGACGAGCUGAGGAACAACAUUGCCGACUGUUACGCCCACUUUGUGGUCACCAGUAAGACCAGUAAGUGACCAGCAGGAGGAGGAUGAUGAUGAUGAUGAUGAUGAUGUUCCACUCAGCUAUGCAAAAAGAAAACGUGUAAUUACAGUCGUCCAGUUCAACUCAGGGUGAUUAGUCAGCAUUUUUCACACUUGUGCAAUCACUCGGGACAUAAGAGAGGUUGAAUUAAAUGUGAAAGCAUUUGCUUCACUUUUUGAAAGUGAAAAGCACAAUGAGAAAACAGGCUUCAAAGGGACUAUGCAGUACUUGUGGUGCACCGGACGUGUACUUAUUGGAGUUGUACAUAAUAGUUUUACAGAUGACAUCAUACUCUGUCAACGGUUGACAGCAAGUAUGAGGUCAAAGGUCAUUGUAGGAGGGCAUGCCAGUUCCUCGCUUUUGUCCAGUAUUAGGACAUGCUGUAAAAAAGAUAAAGCUAAGAAUAAAGUCAAAAUAUGAAAACAAAGCCAUAAUUUCCAAGAAUAAAGUGGAAGUAUUUGUGAGUGAAGUCAUUGCCAGGAAAAUGUCUGGUUUAGAUGGAGGGCAGCUCACAUAUUUUAGGGUUUGUUGUCGUUCUUAAAAUGACUUCUUUUUUUUUAUCCGUGCAAUGGAAUACUAUCUUCUUCUCAGUACGGCCUAGAACACUCUAGAAGUUGAGUGUCCAGCAAUGGACGGACACAUCUUGCCUAACUCAAAGUGAUGGCGGCUGAGAAGAAGCAGUAAACCAAAAAAAAAGAAGUUGGUGUCAACCUUCUCCAAGAUUGUAUUGUGGUCAGUAUUAUUUUAUUACUUUAAUUGCUCACUGAUCUUUAUUAGGAGUCAUUUAUUAAUCAACAUUCUUUUAAGGGAAUAUUUAAGUGAUGCAGCACAUUAGUUUAGCAUCAUGCUAAUGUAUUUUAAUGUUUACUACAGCCAAAGGAAACAAAAUGACUUGUGUAAUUUUCUUCUUACAAAGCAGGUCAGUGGAGUUAUUUUGUUGGUUUAUUAAGUCAAUGAGAUUAAUUGAAUUAUCUGAUUAAUAAAGUGUAUGUUUUAUUCAUUAUGUGCGUGUUUUAACAAUGCUUCUCUGUAUAACUCAAUGUUUCUUCUACUGUUAAAAAGUACAAUUUGACAUAAAGAUUCAUGUUCUUAAUGGUUCCAUUCCCCCUUGUA